AAGCAAUAAACAAAUAAUAUAUUUUGCAAUGAUUUAUAUAAAUAUAUAUUUUGGUUUUUUGGUAGCAAAUGUUAAUUUGUAUUAUGCUGAAUUCACCCAAUAAAUAAGUUGCCGCCAUUGGAGUGAUUAACACUAUAAAUUGUCGAAACAGAGUGAGUUUGGUAAAAGGGAGAUUUUGGAGAAGAGAAUAAUGGAUUGCGAUCACAGAAAUCGAAGUGUUACCAAGGACGAUGUGAUAACCAAGCUCAAAGACGACGGCGAUUUUGAUAAGCUCCGUCUCAAUAUCAUUCGCAAGCUUAAGGACCAUGUCGAAUUGCGGGAAAAAAUGAGUUCUAUUGUGAGGCAAUCGCCCGCUCUUAAUCGUUUAGGUGCUGAGAUCAUGAAACCAAGGCAACUUUCGGAUGCUAUUUAUCAAGAUGUUGGGGACGAACUAAUGAACCAGAUUUCUGAGGGGCUGUGGGGAAUUAUUAGAUCAAAUGAUGUGGUUAAAAGUGAAAUUAAAGAGACUGUUCAAUCUGUCUACAACAGACUAACGAACCCAGAAGUGAAAGUGGAGGUUGAAUCCUCAACAUCUCAGAUACUGCCAGUUCAAAAGAAAGAUAAUGAUAAGGAUUUGAUACUUGUUCCAUCCAGUAAAGCAAUGUUGUCUGAAAAUGAGUCACACGAACCACCUGGAUUCUCAGUCUCCCAUAAACAUUUGAAGAGAAAAAUUAAGGAUCUGAAACCGUCUUUACGCCAUGAAAAAAGACAGGUGGCUGAUCAGCUGGGAGGGCCUGUUAUAUUACAGGAGAAGCUUGAGCGUGGUCAUGUUGAUCAUGGUGAGUCACCCACUUUAUCUGUUGGUAAGGAAUACCAGAAACCAGAUUGCUGUACUGAUGAGGACCCCGAUGUGCCUCCUGGUUUUGGAUGAUGGACUAGCAUGUUGCUCAGUUUGUCAUCCUCUAUGAAGUUAGUUUCUCACUGCUAUAUGGAAUUAUGAUUGAAGGCAGGAAAAACUGAAUCAAUAGUUCAAUAUGAGUUGGGGACAAAAUUCAUGCUGCCCCUACUGUCAUUUGCCAGAAGUACUAGAUCCUUGGAAGACUUAAGAUUUUUUUUCUCUUAUGAGGGAGAAAAGCGAGAAACCUGUUUUUCUUAGGUUUUACCAAUUUUUGGUGCAUAAAUUGGGUUUAGAGAUGCUUGUUUGUAAUUGCUAGUUUUGUGCCUGACUAAGUAGCUACGUUCUGUAGUACUCUAGAAAUUUCUUGUGAUAUUGAGACGUCUAUAUCUUUCAUUUGAGUAGGAAAGAAGUAGUAACUAGUAAGAUGUUUCGUUUCUGUAGAUUAUUUAUUUAUUUACUUUCUGUCUAUUCGAACUUCCAUCUCGGUGAUGCUAGUGGAAAUAAAAUAAACCUUUUUUCUUCUUCA